AUGAACUCACUAAAUGACGACAAGUUGGAAAAAAUUUCCAACAAGGAGCUCAUUCGGCGGAUUAUAGAGUUGCAGAAUUCUUUGUUAAUUAUUUCUGAUAAUUUGGAGUUAUUAAAAUACAAAAAUAAAAUAUUAGAUGAAGAGAAUAAGAAUUUAGAAAAUCAUAUAAAAGAUAUUGUGAAUAAUGUAAAAACAGAAUUUAGCCAAAAUUUUGAAAAUAAAAAGUCAACACCGUCGAUUUAUGCCCCCCUUAAGCGCACAACCGAUGGAACAACCGAUGGAACAACCAAUGACACAACCAAUGAAUCAACCGAGGACUACAACAAUUUCGACAAUGAAAAGAAUGUUCAUCAUAAACCAUGUUAUGGAACAACAUACGUAGAUCCUGAUGUUGUUGAAGAGGUUCCAGGUACGCAUGUUCCAUAUGGUUAUGCAUUACCUAACAAUACACCUCAAAAGGUCUCAGAUCAAACAACAUGCAGUGAUACACAUUUGGGGCAAGAUAAAAAUUUUCAUAGAAUAGAUACAAACAAUACUGAAAAUGCGUACAGAAAUUAUGGUAAAGAUGUAGGACAACAUAUAAAUAAUAACAACAAAGAAAAAAAAAAGGAUGAAAAUUCCAAUUUUUUAAAAGAUCAAACAAAAAGUAAUAUUUAUAAUUUAUUUAUGGAAACUGAAAAAUUAAAUUCCAUAUUUAACAUUGCAUCCAAUGUUCUCAGCAAUUCCUUUUUUAAUACAUCAAAGGAACAUGAUGAGAAAAAAAAGGGGAAUCAACAUGUCCAAAUUCACAAAAGGGCAGGUUCAAAAGAAUUAAAUAACCCUAAACAUAUGGCUACUAAGAAUUGCAAACUUAAGUGUAAUUCAACGGAGGAAAAUUCUUUGGACAAAAAUAAUCAAAACCUUUCAGGUAUUGAUGUUUUAGGAAACGAUAGAAGCAGGAGGAGAACUUUGGUUUUAAUGAAUAGGGAGAAGAAAAAAAUGGAGGAAGUAGAGAAAACGGAAGAAGUAGAAAAAAUGGAGGAGGUAGAAAAAAUGGAAGAAGUAGAAAAAAUGGAAGAAGUAGAAAAAAUGGAAGAAGUAGAGAAAACGGAAGAAGUAGAAAAAAUGGAGGAAGUAGAAAAGAUGGAAGAAGUAGAAAAAAUCGAAGAAGUAGAGAAAACGGAAGAGGUAGAAAAAAUCGAAGAAGUAGAGAAAACGGAAGAGGUAGAAAAAAUGGAGGAAAUUUCCUCUGAGGAAGAUAUAAAAAUAGGGGAAAAAGAAACAUCUAGUGAUGAGGAGAACAAAGUAGAUGGCAAUAUUUUUCAGCAGUCUAAUUUAUGCCAAAAUGAAGAAAAUCAAAAUGAUAUGAAAAGCCAAAACGAUGGGGCUGAUAAAGCAAAUUAG